AUGUCAAAUAACUGGAUUCGACAAAGCUACAACAAGGUAGCUCGUGUUCUCGGCAAAGUUGAUCCAAAGAAUCAAAGCUUUCCGGUUCUAGAAGGCCACCCUGCGGCCCAAAAACACGCAGAAGGAGCAGUUGAGGCCCAUGAAUCCGUCGUAGAGAAAGCCACUCAGCUCUUAAAGGAGUUCAAGAUAUACAGAUGGAAUCCUGACCAUCCCAACAACAAACCCUAUCUCCAAUCCUUCUUUGUUGACCUCUCCAACUGUUGCCCUAUGGUGUUGGAUGCGUUGCAGAAGAUAAAAGCAGGGGAAGAUCCGAGCUUGAAUAAUAGGAGGUCUUGCAGGGAAGGGAUAUGCGGUGUGGGUCAUGCUCAAUGA